UCCUCUCUUCCCAGCUUGCCAGGGAUCAGGAUGAGUCUAAGGAAGCAAACCCCCAGCGACUUCCUGAAGCAAAUCAUUGGAAGGCCCGUUGUCGUAAAAUUAAAUUCUGGAGUUGAUUAUCGAGGUGUCCUGGCUUGCCUGGAUGGGUAUAUGAACAUAGCUCUGGAACAGACUGAAGAAUAUGUAAACGGACAAUUAAAGAACAAGUACGGGGACGCAUUCAUCCGAGGAAAUAAUGUAUUGUACAUAAGCACACAGAAGAGGAGGAUGUGAAGAUGCCACAAUUGCGUUUUGUACUUGGGAACCUCUUUGAAGUGAUGAGCCCUAUUUGAUUUGUAGUUAAUAAUCCACAGGUGAACACAAACCUAUUUAAAAAAAAUUUUUUUUUAUAAAUGUAAACCAGUGUAAAUUUCCUGAAUGUUUUUGUUUCAAAGCAUUGCUUUGUUGCACUGUACAGAAAAAAAUAAAGCAUUAAUAGUGCUGCAAGACUAA